CAUGGCCGCCAGCUCCGAGCGCCUCUUCGACUCCUUGGGACACUUCGGCAGAUUCCAAGCAUAUGUCUAUUUUGCAUCUGUCUUUCAAGCUAUGUCAUGUGGCAUCCACUAUUUAGCUUCUGUGUUCAUGGCUGUUACUCCUAACUUUGUGUGUGAUAUCCCUGGAAAUGUGAGCAGGGUYCUCUCCUACAACUCCUCUGGAUCAAGUAUAGAGGAUAUCUGGACACUAUGGACAUCAAGAGAAAACUACAUUGUGGUCUAUCUGGAAAAUGGAGAAACUUGGGAGCUUAAUCAAUGCAGCAGGUCCAAGCGAGAAGUUAAUUCAGAUCUCACGUAUGAAUACAAGGGCAACAAGUCGGAAUUUUCUUGUUCUGAUGGAUUUCUCUAUGACCAUGCAAAAUGGAAGAGCACUAUUGUUACCGAGUGGGACCUGGUCUGUGACCGAGAAUGGCUUGCAAAGUUAAUCCAGCCUACAUUCAUGCUUGGAGUCUUGAUUGGAGCAGUGAUUUUUGGUGAUAUUGCUGACAGGAUGGGAAGACAGCGUGUUAUUUGGUUCACGAGUGCUGGCCAGUUUGUAUUUGGCAUCGCGGUGGCAUUCACCUUUGACUACUACAGUUUCGUGGUUGUGCGCUUCCUCCUUGCUAUGGUUUCAAGUGGCUAUCUGGUUGUGGCUUUUGUAUAUGUGACUGAAUUUGUUGGCACUAAAGCUCGAACCUGGGCUUCUAUGCAUGUCCAUGCUUUUUUUGCUGUGGGAGUUAUGGUUGUGGCACUCGUGGGAUUUUUGGUUCGGACCUGGUGGGUCUAUCAGAUAUUUCUCUCCAUAACAACUCUUCCCUUUGUCUUGUGCUGCUGGAUGCUCCCAGAAACACCUUUUUGGCUACUAUCAGAGGAAAGAUACGAAGAUGCACAAAAAGUUAUUGAUAUAAUGGCAAGAUGGAACAAAGUAAGCACUCCUUGUAAAGUCUCUGAACUCUGCUCAGUCCAACAAGACCAUCUAGGCAAUGGCAGAACAGGUGAUAAUGACGUAUCUUCCACGAAGAAGCACAACAUCCUAGAUCUGUUUUGUAAUUGGCCCAUUGCAAGAAGGACCAUUACAGUCUGGCUGGUCUGGUUCACUGGGAGUUUAGGAUACUACGUGUUCUCCCUGAGUUCGGUCAAUCUAGGAGGCAAUGAGUAUUUAAAUCUCUUUCUCAUAGGUGCUGUGGAGUUGCCUUCCUAUGUCAUUGCUUGCAUUGGGAUGGACAAACUGGGAAGGAGAAACACACUCAUUCCGUUCCUUUUAUCAAGUGCACUGAUUUGUGUUUUAAUUAUGUUCAUACCUCAGGAUUUCAAUAUAUUAAUUAUCUUAGCAAAUAUGGCUGGCAAGUUCUCCAUAGGAGUGGCCUUUGGCCUUAUUUAUCUCUACACAGCUGAACUGUAUCCAACAAUUGUAAGGUCACUUGCUGUUGGAAGUGGGAGCAUGAUGUGCCGGGUAGGAAGUGUGGUUGCUCCUUUCUGUGUAUAUCUAAGAAGUGUCUGGAUUUUCAUGCCACUUUUGCUUGUUGGAAUCAUGGCUCUUCUGAGUGGAAUAUUAACAAUAAUGCUUCCAGAAACUCUUGGAAAACCAUUGACUAAUACUUUGAUAGAAGCUGCAGAACUGGGAAGAAACACGGAAAACUCUUCAGGGAAGACUCGUCCAGAAAAGAUAGAGAUGUUUGGUCAAGAAACAGCCAACAUUGAAAAAUAAGGCAACAGCAAAACGUCCUUUCCUGUUUUAAAUAAUUAUACAAUUCUUAAGGUCAUUUAAUUCAAGAAAUGCUGUACUACAAUUUCUGUGCCUUUUAUUCUGUAUCCAGCCUUUGCUUUUCAAUAGAGCAACUAUACAAAACCUUUUCCACAUGACUCAGGUACUGUAGAAAUUUUGAUGGGAUUUCUAGAUCCUCUGUCAGAAGAAGAAACUCUCUCAGAAUUUUAGAAAACCCGUCUGACAUGUUGUGACCAGUUGGAAUGUGUACUCUAAAUUUUGAAAGCUUCCCGAUUAUACAUGCAUACAAAAAUAUUGUAAUUCUUUACUUCAGAUUGUUUGCAGUUACAUCUGUAAAUGCAACACAAAAUGCCACAUCAAUAUAUUGCAAGCGAUAGUUCCAGGAUUCAGGCUUCAGAUCAUAGGAAACUCAAACACAUAGUUAUAAUUCAAUAGAGAAGACUUAAUAGUGGAUCAAGUCAUACCAAUAAUUCAAAUCUAAGCCAACCUAUUCAAUUUAUUCUUUGAAUUUACUACUGGAAAAGUUGCCAUGGCUAGCAACAAAAAAUGUUGUGUGGAACAGUUUCUGGCUGAAACAGUAAUCUUACAUUUGCAGAAUGCGCAAAUAGUUUGUAUACUAUUCAUUCUGUUGAAUGUCAAAUGUAUUUUUCUUAGUGGUUUAGAAAAAAAUAUCCACUGGCUCUGUUGCUGCCUUAAUAAUUUCUUUUUUGUUUAGGCAACAUCUGAUGCCUUUGUAAGCCAUAUUCAUUCCAGACUGUUAUUUCAGUGCGCUCUUCUCACUUACUUCAGCUCAGAUAUAGCAUCAGAUUCUUGUAACUUUUAGAAUUACACCUGCAAGAAAGCCUAGCUCUGUCCUCAGUGAAAUAGAGUAGGUGACACCUAGGUCCUGCUCAGGCUCUCUAUGCAGAGGUGCCUACACAGCAUUAUUUAUCAUAGGCCAGUUCUCCAUAGCUCCAUUUUUAUUUUCCGUCAGACUAUGCAAAAUCAGAUACAAAAUUAAAAAUUGAGAAUAUUACAGCUGGAAGAAACCAAUCAACAGACAGGCAAAUUAUCAGCUCCAGAUAGUUUCAGUCUCAGUGCUUGUGAGCGUCCCACCGUGCUCACACCUCACGUGUGUAUCAGUCCUUACCUGCUGGUGUGAUGAUCAUGUCUGGUGACUGUGGACCAUAGGAAACGAGCACAGCUCUGAAUGCAUUUAUUCCAGCUGCUGCUUUUGAAGCUUCUUGUCCCAGCUCUCCUUUYUCAUUGUACCUUCAGACCCAGGUGUUUCUUCCCAUCCUGUAUCCUCCACACUCCAUCAACCCUGAGUUGRGGCAGGCAGCCCUGCACUGCGUAUGUCUGGGUUCAGGGAGCCAUCCACUGCCUGGCCUGUGUGAACUCYGUCAUCCCCAGACUGAAAUCAGGAUUUUUCUGGUCCUAGACAACCUCUCUCAAGCUAGCUGGUACAACCUCAUCUAAACAAGUCUUCCCUUUYUCACUUCUUGGCCAUGUACCCUGAAAUGAGACAUCUAAAUGACUGUAACGGAAUAGUCCAUAUGCUAUAUAAGUCACUGUGCAUGUUUUUUCUUGUAUGUCUGCACAGUCAUGUUAGUUUCAAUGAUUUCUAAAAACGGAAUUUUGUCUAUAUCUGUUUGAAAAAGAAAAUAAAGAUUUUCUCUUCAGCCACUGCAUGGUCCUGGAGUACCAAGUAGCAUUUUGCUCUUGGGUUUAGGACAAGCUCAUACCCUAUGUGAGGUCCAAAAUAUUUCAAAGCCAAACAAAAAUCAACAAGUUUAAACUUAGACAGUUUCUAUUUGAUAACUCCCUGUAAAGCCAAAUCUUUACUCUCCCCUGAGUUAUGCGGGUGCUUCAAUAUUUACGGAGCAAACCCCAGAAGGAAAUUGCAUUGAUUGUUAUGGCUUCUGUCCAGAUAUAUUAAUUCAGCAAAAGCAAAUGCCUUACCUUAUCUACAUGAGUAAUGCCAUCARAAUGCAGAGGGGCGCUUGAAUACGCACUUUGAUGCCUGAAGGAGGAAUGACUCCCAUGCUCUGGCUCUCUGUUUGGCGAAGAGCAGCCCCAGUAUCUUCCAUCGCACUUGCCCUCUGUUCCCCAGGGCCGAGCAGCUGCCCUGUCGGCAGCAUCUGCCUCCCAGCCCUGCUCGCCCUGCCUUCAACGAGGGCUCACCCGGGCUGCAAAGGAAGGUGCCUUGCCAAAGUGCUGGCGCUCUGGCCUUUCCACCAUGCUCCUCCACAAAGCUCCGAGUACUUGCACGAUCUGAGGUUAUUUCACACUGAURCUACUUCUUUUUUAGCGUACGGUCCAAUCUAAAACACCUUCAUCCUGAGCGCUGGGACAAUUUCUCAGCUUCCUUACUGCAGAAUAGAAAAUUUAUUUUGGAGAUUAUCUCUCUGUGAACAGUUGAUGUGUGUUAUGUAUUAGUUUGACUUGAGUGAUUCAAGAUCAGGUCUGUUUUAAUCAGGAUAUAUAAGGUAAAAAAAGAAAAAAAAAAGAGAGAAUAAAGAAAAAGGCAAAGAUCUAAAUAUACAAGAAUACCUGUCCAGUCCUUACAGGCUACAACUUUCUAAUGAUAAUUCUGACCCAAAAUGUAGCUUGUUGGCUUUUAACCCUUUAAAUCUACUCCUCUUGUCACUGGAGUCAGUUGGUGUUUCAUUGAUUCAAGCGAGAGCUGGAUUUUCUCUGGGCUGAUCAUGUCACUAUUUCUUCCCUAGAAGUUCUCCUACAGCUGCAUCUUUUGAGAUUUAAUGCUUGGGGAGCUUUCAAGGUGCUCUGGGGUACCCUAUUCUUUUAGCUGAAGAAAUUUAUUACUGUAAAAAGGACAUGCCAUGUGUAUAUGUGUCAGGAGCAUUUCUGUUUACUUGGUUUUUACAUGCUGACAAAAAUAUGUUUAACACCACUACUAUGUUAUAAAUGUACUGUAGAAAGGAUGAGUUGAUUUCUUUCUUUUACAUAUGCCUAAAUUAUCAGAACCCUCUUGAAAGAGGACACUGAGUUUCUGAGAAAAUGCUUCUGCUCUUUGGAGCAUAAUUUCCCCUCAUUGAUCAUUAAAAAGAAU